AUGACUGCCAUUAAAGCACCCGCGACUGUCCUUGUAACUGGUGCGAGCGGAUUUAUUGCCGUUUGGGUUGUCAAGACCUUCUUGGAGGAGGGGUACACUGUCAGAGGGACUGUCCGUUCUGCAUCCAAGGGUGACUAUCUCACCGAUCUCUUCAAAAAUUAUGGAGAUAAAUUCCAAUAUGUAAUUGUUGAGGAUAUCGCCAAGGAAGGAGCCUUUGACGAGGCUGUUAAAGGCGUAGAUGCAGUUGCCCAUACUGCUUCUCCGUUCCACUUCCAGGCCGAUGAUCCACAAACUCUAAUCGAACCCGCGGUCAAAGGAACUCUUGGGAUUCUUGCCAGUGUUCACAAGUAUGCACCCAACGUCCAGAGAAUAGUGAUCACUUCGAGCGUGGCAGCUAUCAUGGACGGAUCCAAGCCGAGCGGAACUGUCUUUACUGAAGAUAACUGGAACAUAUUCUCCCUCGACGAAGUCGAAACUAAAGGAAAGGCCGCGGCUGGAGGAGACAAGUACCGCGCAAGCAAAACGUUGGCUGAGAAAGCUGCAUGGGCAUUUUUGGAGGAGAGAAAGCCCAAAUUCGAUAUCGCGACUAUUAACCCACCGAUGGUGUUUGGCCCCAUUCUACACCAAGUAUCGAAUCCUGAGAGUUUGAACACCUCGGUUGCGAUGCUAUACAAGAUUUUGCAUACCAAGGAAGCUGAUCUGACGAAGGAGACGCUACUUUCCUCCAACAUGAACUUUGUUGAUGUACGAGAUGUUGCGCUUGCUCACGUGCGGGCUCUAGAGAACCCAGAAGCAGGAGGACAACGAUUCAUUACUUCUGGAGGCACCUUGUGCUGGCAAGAUGCUUUGGAUGUCCUUGCGCCUCCGCACCCGCGUGGUACCCCUGGUUCGGGGAAGGGCCUUGUUCACAGCAGAUACGAUGCCAGCAAGGCGACCAGUGUGCUCGGAAUUCAUUUUAAAGGACUUGAAGAAAGUUCUCUCACCAAAUCUACUCACCAAAUAACAAUGAUACAGACAACAACUAUAGCUGGGACCCCCAUUGUUAAAAUCGGACACGGAUUAAUGUCGAUGUCUUGGGUGCCCGAGCCCCCUUCUGACGAAGAAUGUUUUGAGUCAAUCAUUGCGGGCAUCAAUGCAGCUCCUCCUGGAGUUAAGGUUUUCCUCAACGCUUUCGAAUCGGGUAGUAUUGGAUCAAUUGGAUUGUCUGAAUGUUCCGCAGCUACGCUUGAACGAGCAAGCAAGGUUGGUAAGGUGGCGGCCGUAGAGAUAGAGGUUUCGCUUUGGAGCUAUGAAGAGGAGACUCGCAAAGUAAUUUCCAAGGCCGCCGAGAUUGGCGCAGUCAUAGCCGCAUAUAGUCCACUCGGUCAAGGGGCACUAACCGGAAAGCUAAACCCGGCCGAACUAGGCAAGGACGAUCACCGCAGUCGUUUUCCUAGGUUCCAAGAGGAGAGUUUUAAAAACAACGUAAAACUAGUGAACGCAUUGAAGGACCUCGCUGAAAAGAAGGGCAUCACACCUGCUCAGCUCAGCCUUGCCUGGGUCUCCUCUCUCGGGCAACAUGUAGUCCCCAUUCCAGGCUCCACCCGCGCGGCUCGCACUGUCGAGAACGCAUCUGCAGCUUCAAUCGAAUUGAGUAAACAAGAGUCAGAAGAAAUCACGCAUAUAAUUGGAGCUAACCCUAUAUCCGGGGACCGGUAUCCUGAAGAAGUGAUGAAAACCGUCUGGCGAUAA